UAAGAAUGGCGUCGAAUCUUACACCAGUGCUGGCUUAUAUAGUUAUCUAUGUAAGGGACGUAGCGAGAUCUAUAACGUUCUACGAAAAAGCUUUCGGUUUUAGCGUUCGUCGCUUGGACAAAUCUCAUAGGUGGGGAGAACUAGAGACUGGGCAGAGCACCAUAGCCUUUACACCGCUACAUCAACAUGAAACAGAUGAGGUGACAGGAUUGGUUGAGACCACAGCCGAGUCUUGCGGUGAGAGACAACCUGUCGAGGUUUGCUUUGCCUUCUCCGACGUCGAUGCUGCUUAUAAGAAAGCAAUAGAAAACGGUGCAGUUCUUGUAAGCGAGCCAGAAGAAAAGGAAUGGGGCCAGAAAGUUGGGUACGUAAGAGAUAUUAAUGGGAUUGUUGUCCGAAUGGGAAGUUACGUUCAGUCACCCAAGCAUGACUGAUUUAUUUCAAAAGCCCUUCUUUAUGUGUACUGUGUUAUGCUUUUAGUCACAAUAAUGUCUUCUCCGAGGCUGUUUCUGGCCCUACUUAAAAUUGUACCUUGUGUUUCUGUCUAUACGUCGUUCAUGAAUAAAGGUCGAGUGUCUCUUUCUUUAA